AUGUUCUUUGGGGCGUUGCUUGCUGCAACCCAAGGCCAGUUUGAAUGGGACAUGGGCAUAUUUGAUGAUUAUGAGUUCAAGCAACUCGCUAUGACUUCAGUCAAAAAUUACGCUUUGUUCGGUGCUGGGCAGUUUUCAAACGAAUUUUUGCAGAUGUGUUGCUGGCAUACUGUCUGCGAGCGACAAGUCUACCAAAUACGUAAUCGUUAUUUUGCGGCUGUUCUCAAGCAAGAUAUGGCUUGGUUCGACAAAAACGAAAGCGGAGCACUUACUACAAGGAUGAGCGAUGGCAUCGAUAGAAUACGAGACGGGAUAGGUGACAAGCUCGGAGCGAUGUUUGCUUAUUUCGCCACAUUCAUUGCUGGCAUAAACGUUGCUGUGUGGAACAGCUGGCAAAUGACUUUGGUAAUGAUCGCGUUCUUUCCCGUCUUUUUUGGACCUCUGACAAUCGCUUCAAAGUUGAUGGGUAAAAUCGCACCCAAGGAGCAACAAGCGUACACAGAUGCUGGUGGGACAGCUGAAGAGGUAAUUCAUGGGAUAAGAACGGUGAUGGCCUUCAACGGUCAAGAGAAAGAGAUAAAGCGGUACGAUAAUCAUCUGGACAGAGGAAUGAAGUAUGGAGUACGAAAAGCAUUGCUGACAUCGUUCGGAACAGCAUUUAUCAUGGGUGCUUUGUUUGUAUCGAUGGCUAUAUCGUUCUGGUAUGGAACAAAGCUGGUAAUAUCCGGUAGCAUAACACCUGGAACAGUCUUUGCUGUCUUCUGGGCUGUGAUCGGUGGAGCUUUCGCUGUAGGCCAAGCUGCCCCUCAAAUUGGGACACUCAUAGCCAGUACAACGGCGGCUGCGCCAAUUUUCGCCAUUAUUGACAGAGAGCCUCCGAUAAAUUCGACCUCGAAAGCUGGGAAGAUCCCAGAAUCCGUCAAAGGCGACAUAAAGUUGGAGGGCUUGCGGUUCUCUUAUCCAUCACGUCCCGAGGUUGAAGUGCUGAAAGGAGUUACUAUCAAUGUCAAAAGCGGUCAGCAUAUCGCACUAGUCGGCCAUAGUGGAUGUGGGAAAAGCACACUUGUUGGUCUACUGCUUAGAUUUUAUGAACAACAGUCAGGACAAGUAAGUGAUUCAUUUCAAUAG